UGAAAGCGAAGAAUGGGGGCUCGACACGGUUGUCUGCUGCCACCUCGCCUCGUCUCGUUUUAGCCCCCCGAGGGCGACGGCGACGGCGACGGCGACGCGGGUGCUGCGGGAGCAGCAGGCUGGGGAGAAAAUAUCUAGCGCGCGCGGCGCCGCAGCGGUGGCGUGACGUCUCGGUCUCUUUUACGUAGGUGGGAGGGACGAGCUUCGCGCGCGCUCGUGCGCGCCGGCACGCAUGGCCGCCGAGAUCUGCUGCGAGGAGGCCAAGUCGAUGCCGGCAGCGGCGGCGCCGUCCGCGGCCGCCGCCACGUCGAUCUCCAGGCGGCGCCGCAGGGUGGAUGUGGCCGUGGCUGCAGGGGGCUUCCGCUUCGCCGCGGGCUCUCUCCACCCGCCUCCGCCACCACCGGAGGACUCCGACGCUGGUGCUGCGCGCGGCAGCAAGCGGCAGAGGCUGGCGCGCGCAGGCGCGGCGUCGGGCCCGUGUCGUCCGACGGCCGGCGCGGGUUUCGGGUCCAGGUGGUGGCCGAGGUACGGCGUCACCUCCGUGUGCGGCCGCCGACGCGAGAUGGAAGACGCCGUGUCCAUCAGGCCGGACUUUCUGCCGGGCUCCAACUCCGGCAAGCACCAUUUCUUCGGCGUCUUUGACGGCCAUGGUUGCUCCCAUGUGGCGAAGAUGUGCCAGGACAGGAUGCACGAGCUGGUCGUCGACGCUUACAAGAAGGCGGUCUCCGGCAAGGAAGCGCCGGCUGCACCGGUGUGGAAGGAGGUCAUGGAGAAGGGGUUCGCGCGGAUGGACGGUGAGGCGACGAGCUGGGCCGCGAGCCGCAGCCGCGGUGAACCGGCCUGCCGCUGCGAGCUGCAGACGCCAGCACGGUGCGACCACGUCGGCUCAACCGCCGUUGUCGCGGUAGUAGGUCCUAACCGCGUUGUCGUCGCCAACUCCGGCGAUUCCCGUGCUGUGCUCUGCCGCGCCGGCGUCCCCGUCCCGCUCUCCGUUGACCACAAGCCGGACCGGCCAGACGAGCUCGAGCGCAUCCAGGCGGCGGGCGGCCGCGUCAUCUACUGGGACGGCGCCAGGGUGCUCGGCGUUCUCGCCAUGUCCCGCGCCAUUGGGGAUGGCUACCUGAAGCCGUACGUGACGUCGGAGCCGGAGGUGACGGUGACGGAGCGCACCGACGACGACGAGUGCCUGAUCCUGGCGAGCGACGGGCUGUGGGACGUGGUGACCAACGAGAUGGCGUGCGAGGUCGUCCGGGCGUGCUUCCGGAGCAACGGCCCGCCGUCGCCGGGGUGCUCCCGCCCCAACGGCGUGCUCCCGCAGCCCGCCGCCGGCGGCGCCGGCGACGCCGUGGUGAAGGGUGUCGACAAGGCCGAGUCCGACAAGGCGUGCGCCGACGCGGCAUUGCUGCUGGCGAAGCUCGCGCUCGCCCGCCGGAGCGCCGACAACGUAAGCGUCGUCGUCGUGGAUCUCCGCCGGGUGCCGUGAUCCGCCAUUAAUCAUCGGCUACGUACGCUCUUCUUUCUUUUAACUUUGCCUUCUCGCUUUACUGCUGCGAUCGUCGCAAGAUUUAUUUA